CGCCGACCAGCCAGUGGUAAUUCUGUUCUCAGCCUCUUUAUCUGCGUCAUGCUUUGCGCGGUGUUGACCCUGCCAUCUUGAACAAUCCUUCUUUUGUCUGCCGCUCUUGUUCAGUAUGGGUUGGUCCUCUCCGGACAGCUGGGCUACUAGACUCUUGUCCGGCGACCCUGUUGCCAUCCUCAUCGCAUUCUUGGUGACGAUAACCCUCCCACUACUCGUCCACCUGUAUCUCUACACCCAAACUGCUCGUGCCAAAGUUGUUCCAACUUUCCUCCUUCUUGGCCCCAGCGGUGCAGGCAAGACAUCUCUCGUCUCUCUACUGCAAAAGCGAUCCUCCAACCCAGAAGAUCCCCAAGCAGAGGCAGCGCUCACCCGCAUUUCUCAAGUCUCCUGUCCCAUCAGCUUAUUACUUCCGCCCUCUAUCCCCCUAGGGUCCAAUAAGUACCGCUCCGAUAAUGAUGUCAGCCUCAGAGACAAGCAGCCGACUCCAUAUGUAAUGAUCGAUACUCCCGGCCACGGGAAAUUGAGAUCAGAUCAGGCGUUGUCACAAAUUCAGAAUACUGCCCUCCGCGGGGUCAUAUUCGUGGUCGACUCAAGUGUGCUGGACGCCAGCGACUCUUCCGCCUCCCGUGACACUGCUGUGUACCUCCAUGAUACAUUGCUGGCCCUGCAGAGACGAAAAAUUCGUGGCAAAACCAAGACCGAAAUCCCCGUCCUCAUCGCGGCGAACAAGCAAGACCUGUUCACCGCUUUGCCGACAGGUGCAGUCAAGGAACGCCUACAAGCUGAGAUUGAAAGAGUGCGCGUCUCGAGAAGCAAAGGGCUGAGUACUGUGGGGCAAGACACAGACGCCGACGCGGAGGAAGAUAUUCUAGGCGGCGGCGGCGAAGACAAGUUCAGCUUCGAGUUGAUAGCGGAGGAGUAUGACAUUAAGGUCGAUGUGUUAGGAGGAGCAGUCAGAGGUGAGGAAGCAGGCAAAGGAGUGAAGAGGUGGGAGGAGUGGAUAGGUGGUUGUCUCUAAUGAUUCAGACGAUUCCACGACUCAAUACAUCCUGCGGCGAUUCCUGAUAGCGAUGUGGAUAUCUCAUUUCGUCUUGCACAUCCAGACCAGCGCCAUUGAACUCGUCCUCUGUCGGGAUACAGCCCACGCCCUCUUUCAGGUAGAGCAGCAACCGGUAUGCGCUGUUCCCAUUCAUGUAGUACCUAUGCAGCUUUUUGCUUCUCAGAAACCCCAGCCGCUCGUACAACUUCAUAGCCGCG